UCACAAUAUCCCUAAGUCUUUUAUCAUUCACAGUGCAUUUAAAACAAACAAGAUGGCGUUCUACUCCGAAACCAAGGUUGCUCCGCGACACGUUACAUCUGAAGCGUCAGUGCCUUUCGACCAAGCAUACAAAGAAGCUAUCGAGAAGAAGAUCCUGCCCGGUUACGCACUCAUUGCAGGGGGCCGAGAUGGAAACAUUCUAUACUCCAAGGCAGACGGUGUCGCAUCGCUCAAAGAGGGAGAAACUCAGCCCUUCAAGCUCGACACAAUCUGUUGGAUCGCCUCUAUGACCAAACUUCUCACCUCAGUGGCCUGCUUACAAGCUGUAGAAGCGGGACUAUUGGAAUUGGAGAAGCCCGUCACAGAAACACUACCAGAAGUAGGCAAAUACGGGAUACUCACAGGAUGGAACGACGAGAAGAAUGAAGGGAUCUACGAACAACACAAGACGCCAGUCACGUUGCGUAUGCUUCUCUGCCAUACCUCCGGCUAUGAGUACGACUGGUUCAGCCCACUGCUGGCCAAGUGGCGUGCGAGUCGAAACGAACAACCAUGGACAGGACCUACCGUUGAGGACAAAACGACACUACCACUUCUUUUCGAGCCUGGUACUAGCUUUCGAUAUGGUGGCAGCCCGGAUUGGACAGGAAAGCUGAUCGAACGGGUGACGGGUAAGUCGCUCGAGGAGUUUAUGGUCGAAAAGAUCUUCGAGCCUCUAGGUAUCAAGGAUCUUACAUUCUAUCCGAAGAAACGGGAGGACAUGAAGGAUCGCUUAGCAACCCUGAGCACAUUGAGCGAGACAGGUGAAGCACCGGCGAAAGACGCUUCAGACCAAGAUAUGUUGUUUGGAGGUACCGAUUGCUUAGGUGGCGGGGGCGGGUAUGGCAGCGCACAAGACUUCUUCACGUUCUUGCAGGCUGUUCUGCGACGGGACAACAGGCUUCUCAACUCUGAAUCGUAUGAUGAGCUGUUCCGACCUCAGCUGAACGAUGAAGUUAAGACGGCAUUGAACGAGUAUCUGCGCUCUUCUCCAGCACAUGCUCAAUUCUUGGGCAUGAGUUUGCCUCAGGAAAUCGAGAAGACGUGGAGCUUUGCGGGCUUGACGGUCGAGCAGGAUCUGGAAGGGAGAAUGUUGGCGGGUACUCAUACUUGGGGAGGCGUUCCUAGUAUGACAUGGUACAUGGACCACAAGGCAGGAAUUUGUGGUGUUGCUUUCUGCCAGAUUAUGCCACCUAUGUUUCCUGGUGUUCUGGCCCUCCACGAACAAUUCCAGAGGGCAAUGUACGCAAAAGCUACUAAAGGAGAGCAAAGGGAGUGA